AUGCAGAAUCAAAUCGAAGAAAUUGUGUUACUUUCAACAGAAGAUGGAAAACAACGUCGAAAUGAAAACCAAAUAUUUCUUAGAUUACAAAACAGUUCUGAUGAUCAUACGCCAGAUGAACAACAUCAACAUAUAAUAAAAAGACUAAUUAAACCAACUAAUCCAAACGAUUUCUACAAAAAUCUUCUACUAUGGGUUAUUCUUAUCGGUUGUCUUUUUCUUUUGGCCGGUCCACUUGCUCUUCAUUCUUCUUAUGCUCUACCAGUUGUCAAGCCACGUACAAUACCUUUACAUGAAUUUAGUGAAGAACGUGCUCGUGAUUACUAUCCUAAUUUAACUCAAUAUGGUCCAAGAGUUGUAAACACACAUGCUGAUUAUCUUACACGUGAUUUUCUUAUAUCACAAAUCUAUCGAAUUCGUUCGGUCGCUAAAAAGUCUGUUCAAUUCGAGAUAAGUUUACAAAAUUUUACUGUUGAUGAUAUUGACCAAUUACAAAAUAUUGCUGUUCGUCUAUCGGAUCCAAAUUCAUCACCCACAACGCCUUCUUUAAUGUUAACUGCACAUUAUGAUUCUGUUGAAUUUAGUCCUGGUGGUAGUGAUGAUGGUUCAGGUGUUGUUAUUUUACUUGAACUUCUUUCAAAUCUAGUCAAUGAUCCAACAAUAACAUUUACUCAGGUUCAUUUGAUCGUUCUAUUCACAACUGCCGAAGAAAUGAGUUUUGCUGGUGCCGAAGCAUUUAUUGCCAAUCAUGAAUGGAAAAAUGAUAUACGUCGAUUUAUUAAUAUCGAUUCAACCGGUGGAAAUGAAAAAGCAAUUUUAUUUCGAGUUAAACCAUCACAACUUGUUAAAGAUUAUGGUCGAGUACCGAGACCUCAUGCUAAUGUAAUGGGUGAGGAACUUAUUGAAUCAAUUGGAUUAGAUACUGAUUAUGGUAUCUUUACAGAAAAAGGAUCAUUGUUAGGAUAUGAUUUUGCUUUUUAUCUUGAUGGUUAUAAUUAUCAUACAUUACUUGACAAACCAUCAAUUGUGGAACAUGGUGCCUUACAACAUUUAGGUGAAAAUACACUUGUAUUAUCUCGUCAUAUUCUUCUUGGUCAUGUUAAUCUUCAACAACCAGAAAGUAUUAUUGAUGAUGAUCAUUUAAUUUAUUUUGAUAUACUUGGUCGACAUUUAAUUACAUACAAAAAAUCAACAUCAGUAAUAAUACAAUCAAUUCUUAUUGGAUUUAUUAUUCUAAUAGGAAUUAUAGUGAUUCUUAUUGAUCAAUUAUGGUAUAGAGCAAAUUCAUCUAUAGAUGAUUUUUCUUCAGUUUAUUUUUAUUUUAAAUAUCCAUUACUUAUUCGAAUUCUUUCAAUAAUUAUAUUUUUUAUAUGUUAUCUAUUAUCAAUUCUAUUUGGAAUAUUAUUUGCUAUAUUUAUUGCAUUUAUUGUGUCAAAAAUUCGACCAUUAUCAUGGUUUGGUAAUUCAACAAUAGCUUUUUUUCUUUAUGGAUUAUCUUGUUUAAUUGGUAUUAUUCUUUGUGAAAUUUUAUGGACAUAUUUACGUCGACUUUUUUUAUCAAAAUAUCCGAAAAAAAAUCCAAUGGAAAUUAGUACAAUUAAUCAUAUAAAUCGUUUAUGUUUUAAUUUUGAACGUCAUUGGACUUUGCUUCUUAUUUUUGUCUUAUUUAUGAGUAUUUCUAUUUCUAUUGGUUUUCGAUCACUUUAUCUUAUACUUCUAUGGUCUAUAUUUAUUUGUCCAAUUUAUUUAUGUUUAAUUCUCUUUGAAUUUAUUUUUCGUUGGACAAAGAACAAAUGUUUCAUUAUUUUUAAUGAACAAGGAUGGUAUUGGUUGUUUGCACCUUAUAUUGUUUCAUUAAUACCACUUAUACACACACUUGAAAUGACAAGUCGAAUCGCUCGUCUAGCUAUUCCAAUAUUCGCUCGCAGUGUUGAAAAAAUUCCAAUACCACAAGAUAUCAUUAUAUGUAUAAUAAUUGUAUUACCAGCUACUAUAUUUUUUCUUGUUUUUAUUCCAAAUAUUCAACGAAUAAUGAAUUAUAGUCGAACAUUAAUUAUUUUGAUAAUUAGUUUUCUUAUUGUAUUUAUUAUAGCUUGUACAAGACAACCAUAUACAAAUACUCAUCCAAAACUAAUUCGAGUUCGACAUAUUUCACAAUCAAUUUAUAAAUUAAGUAACCCAAAAGAUUUUCCAAUGAUUAUUCCAAUUUAUUCACAAGCAGCAUCGAUUAAAGUUGAAUCAUUUGAUAAUAUUGUUUUGUCACCAACACUUGAUGAAAUUUCAAGUAAAACUGGUUAUUUAUUAAAUAAUCUAUCAUGUUCAACACCAACCAAUUGUUCAUUUGAUGAUACAUUUAAUCGUACAAUAGCAUUUAAAGAAGUUGAAUUAACAUCAAUGGAUAAUUUUAAUAAUUAUAGAUUUACAUUUCGACAUGUAUCAUCUUAUCAAAUAACUGUUUUAUCAUCAGCUGUAGCAAAAAUUGUUGUACAUAACGCAACAAUAAAACCAAGAACAGAUACUGUUAUAGAUAUUCAAUCGAUUAGUUCAGCAUCAUCUUUUAAUCUUCAACUUAAUAUCGAACGAUGUGAUUUGAAUGACUCUCCUUUUCUCUUAUCUUUGACUGAAAAAUUGCCUCAUAUUGUAAUGCUUGGUAGUGGUCGUUGUCGAACACUUACAGAUAUUCUUGUUCUUUCAGUUAAUCGUUAA